AUGGAAGAAGAUGGAAAAGGAAGAGUAUGCGUGACAGGUGGUACAGGGUACGUUGCGUCUUGGCUCAUCAUGAGGCUGCUCGAGCAGGGUUACUCUGUCACCACCACAGUCAGAUCUGUCCCAGUAUUAGGGAAGAGAGAUCUGAGUUUCCUCACCAACCUGCCGGGAGCAUCCGAGCGGCUCAAAAUCUUCACAGCAGAUCUCAGCCAGCCAGAAACCUUCGAGUCCGCAGUUGAAGGCUGCACGGGAGUCUUCCAUCUUGCCACUCCCGUCGAUUUCCAAGACAAAGAAUCCAUAGAGGUGAUCACAGAAAGAUCACUGAAUGGAACCUUAGGCCUCCUCAAAGCCUGCCUCAGAGCCAAGACAGUGAACCGCGUCGUCUACACUGGAAGUAUAACUGCUCUUGCGUUCAGUGGCAAGGAUGUGGAGGAGAUAGACGAAAGCUGCUGGAGUGACUUGGAGUUUAUUCGGAAGACCAAGUUAUUUGGCGGGUCUUAUGAGACUUCUAAAACCUCCACAGAAAUGGCAGCUUCCAAAUUUGCAGAAGAAAAUGGAUUGAGUUUGAUAACGAUCAUACCAACUUAUAUAAUCGGGCCUUUCAUCUGCCCUAACUUGCCCAGCUCUAUAACAAAUACCAUGGCAAUGGUUUUCGGGGAGAAGGAGCAAUACAAAUAUCUUAUGAAUACAUCGUUGGUCCAUGUUGAUGAUGUAGCCAGAGCUCAUAUUUUCUUGUUAGAAUAUCCCCAUGCAAAAGGAAGAUAUAUUUGCUCAUCUCAAGCCUUAACGCUUGAAGAGAUGUCUGAGUUUCUUUCUACUAAAUACCCGGAAUUUCCAAUACCCACCGGAGAAUGUUUAGCGGAGAUUAAAGGUUUCAAAAUGCCAAAAAUAUCAUCAAAGAAGCUGUUGGAUACGAGUUUUAAAUACAAGUACGGGCUUGAUGAAAUGUUUGACCAAGCAAUUCAAUGCUGCAAGGAAAAAGGCUAUUUGUAAUUAUUCUUCAUGUUUAACAAAUUGGUUGGACGCUCAUAUACUUUUGAUAAUUUAAGUUUGAUCCAUAUAUCUUCGUGUA